AAUCCCAAGACUGUAACAUAUCUGGUGUUAUUUAUAUCAAUAUUCUAACUAAAGAAAAGAGAGAAAGAAAGAAAGAGGAGGUUUAAUUUUCCAGUCAAGGCUCUUCUCUUCUGUAUGCUUAACCUGUCAAACUCUUCUUUUCUCUAACAGAAAGAUUUGCGUACUGUUACGGCAAUGGUAACUGGUUGGCGACGAGCUUUUUGUACUUCAAUACCUAAAGAGAAACAAACAACGGUGCUGACCGAUAAGCAGCACAAGGAACAAAAAGAGCAACAACAUUGUAAUAGCCAGAGCCCCAGAUUGAGUUCUAAAUUUGGGUUUUUUUCGAAUCCUUCAACUCCUAAAUUACACUCUCAGCCAGUUUCCAGCCCCGGCAUCAGAUGCAAAACCACCGCUACGACUUCGGUUCCCAAUAGCCCCAGACUGCAAUGCAAAACCUCUACUGAUUCUAGUGCAAAUCUAUCUUCUCCCAAAUCUCCCUCCAGCUUCUCUUUUCUUAAAGCCACCCUACGUCUCUCAAAAAGUCGAUGUGGAAUCUGUUUUCAGAGAGUGAAAACUGGACAAGGAACCGCCAUUUUCACGGCGGAGUGUUCUCAUACAUUUCAUUUCCCUUGCAUAACAAAUCAAGUCAACAUCAACAACAAGAGCCAUCUUUUAAUCUGUCCGGUUUGUAACUCUCACUGGAAACAACUCCCUCUUCUUACUCGCCAACACCAUCAACCCCUUCACCAACCAUCAAAAGCUUUCAAAGUUUAUAACGACGACGAGCCUUUGACAUCUUCAAUCUCUUUAUCUCACUUCAAUACCAUUCUUGAAUCCUCCGAAGAAGAAGAAUCCAAUCAAGAGUUCCAAGGAUUCUUUCCCACCAUUAAUACCUCCACCACCGCCGCUGCCGCUACGUCCAAUGUUCAUAUAGCUUUGUUGCCUGAGGCGGCUGUGGUUACGGUUGGGAGGAGUUAUGAAACGUGCGCUAUGGUUUUGAAGGUUAAGGCGCCUCCUUGUGCUGGAGCGCGUGCAAUAAGACGCGCUCCUAUUGAUUUAGUGACGGUUUUGGAUGUGAGUUUGAGCAUGGGAGGGUCCAAGCUUCAGAUGAUCAAGCGAUUCAUGCGGUUGGUGAUUUCGAAUUUAAGCGCAUCAGAUCGUUUAUCCAUCGUUGCGUUUUCUACUACUUCGAAAAGAUUAUUGCCGUUACGGCGUAUGACCACAAAUGGACGGAGGUCCGCACGGCGAAUCGUUGACGCCAUUGGUACAACAACGGGUCAAGGAAUUACUGUAAGCGACGCGCUGAAAAAAGCGGCCAAAGU